AUGGUGCGUCAGCUGCACGACGGUAUGAUGGCGCGAGUCACGGACAACGGAGCUGUCUCAGAGGCAUUCGCAGUGACCAACGGAGUGAAGCAGGGCUGUGUGCUGGCGCCUACCCUCUUCAGUCUCAUGCUCUCUGCCAUGCUGAUGGAUGCCUACCGCGACGAACGCCCUGGAAUCUGCAUCGCCUAUAGAACGGACGGUCAUCUCCUGAAUCGCCGGCGCAUGAACUUCCAAUCGCGUGUAUCCACAGCCACCGUGCACGAACUCCUCUUCGCCGACGACUGCGCCCUGAACACCACCUCAGAAGUGGAGAUGCAACGGAGCAUGGACCUAUUCUCCGCCGCCUGCGAGAACUUUGGGCUGGUUAUCAACACGCGGAAGACGGUGGUGAUGCAUCAGCCGCCUCCCAACUCAGCCACAGCCCCCAACGCGCCGCAAAUCAACGUGAAUGGGACUCAACUGCAAGUGGUAGAGAACUUCCCGUACCUGGGCUGUACGCUCUCCCGCAACACCAAGAUCGACGACGAAGUCGCCAACAGGAUCUCGAAAGCCAGUCAAGCCUUCGGUCGCCUCCAAAGCACAGUUUGGAAUCGUCAUGGUCUCCGCGUGAGCCGCGAGCUGCUCGAGUCAUGGUUCUCAGGCCCGCAAUCCAUCAACAAGCACAAUGACCUCCCGGUGCCCUAUUCCGUAUUGCGAUUUUCCCUGGGCAGGAGAAUCAGUCACGUGGGGAGGGCGCGGGUGAGCAAUUAUCACGGUGACAGUGAGCCAGUUUGCCGAGCAAUCGUCACACCAGCAUCGAGCACGGAUGACGAAAUCGCGGCGAUGAACAACUAG